GGAAGUAAGCAUCAGCUGAAGGUACACCGAUCGUAGAGAUCCGCAAGUCCUGUUGGGAAGAGCAAAUAUCAAGAAUUUUUUCGGCUUUCUAAAAUACGAAGAGAAUCUGUGGGAGAAUUUGUCUGCGCAGGACUUGGAUCUCCAUGAAUAGCAAGAGCUCAGAGAAACAGUCCACUGGCACGACUCAUGCUUAGAUGGCACUGCUCUACCGUUUCACGCGUGUUAAGGAUCGAGCUGGAACCGGAAUAUUCACCUUUAUUGUCACCCGAUCUGUGACGAGAGAUUUUCACAGAGAUGCCACGACUAAAGAAUUUACGUUUGGUUACCAUCGAUGGGUUGUCAGCUUCAAUCGUUCUGAUGCAAAAAUGCUGGGAGUUCAUCUUAUUUUAAGAAACGCAUCAGCUAGUACCAGAUGUUACGUUGACUACACUUUUUGUCUUCUAAACAGAGAGCACUUCAGCAAGAACGAGAUUUACGUUCAAAAGCAAUGCCGUUUCAACGCAGAUCAGCCAGCCCAAGGCCCUGCUCGAUGGAUACUGAUGAGCGAAUUGCAAUCAAGGAAAUUUUCCGACGAGAACGGAGAAUUUCUAAUGGAUCUCACUAUGAGUAAUGCCCUCACUGUGUAUGAAGUGGAUUUGAGGAUGAGCCAUUUACCAUUUGGACCCCAUCACAAACUCAGCAAUGCCGAAACCGCUUAUUUUGCAUUUGGAGGGUUCGAGUGGAACAUUGGCAUCCACCCUCAAGGUAUCCCUGAAGACCAAGAAACCAAGAACCGUCCUAAAAUACUACUAAACCGUCUCACCGGUUUCGACCACGCAGUUCGUGUGCAAUACCGCAUCGUUUUGGGAGACGCGGACAGAGUGUUCGAUUCCGGCAUUCUGUGCCAAAUUUCUGACGUCACCGGACGCAUUCGUGGCUUUCCCUUAAUGUGCAGUGUCUCGGAUCUCUUACACCGAGGGAUUCUCCGAAUAUAUGUCGAAAUGAUCUAUGCAAAUGCAAUCAGCGAAGUCCUCAUACCUCUCCAGAACAAGGAUCCAAGUGACACUACUCCUAACUGCUAUGAUAGAGAGAAGCAUGCUUGGCUGGCAGAGGGGGACAUUGAAGGUGAAUGCCUUAAACUGAAGCUGUUUUGUUCAGACUUACACCACGUGCCCCGAAAUCAUCUGCGCUACGUAUCAUGGAAUGCAUACGUUGUUCGGAAAGAGAAUAGACUUCCCGUUAAUGCAAAGGAUAAUAGUACGAUAGUCGUACUGAAUGCACCUCAUUGGAAUUAUUAUAUUCAAGAAGGUGUAGACAUGGGUAUUGUCAUGGAAACGGACAUUCCCGUUUCGCUGGUGGAUGAGCUGUCUGACAACUGUAAAGAAGUAGAUAAGAGUCUCACAAUUCAAAUUGAAUGGUUGGAUUCGCUUUUGUUGUUUAGCGCUACCUACUAUAAAUAUGAUGAUAUUCGAAGACUUCAUUGCCACCAAAUGAAGCGAGAAAUCAUGGCUUUACAAGCAGAAAAUUACAGCUUGGAGCGCCAGUUAUUCAGCUACCAGAAAUCAAUUUCUGUUGUGAAUUCAAGAGGGCAAAUUUUAGAUGAUAUUCCAGAUGAAGAAGAUGCCUUCUUUCCAGGUGAGCGGAAAGCUCCACCUCAGCCCGACACCAAAUAUAUAGAAAGUCCAGAACGCAGCUCUCUAUGAAGUGCCUAAGCGAAAUCAUUGCUGAUGCAAAUCGAUUUUAGAAACAACUUUAAGCAAUUUUCAUUCCCUUUGAGAUAAUAUUUAUGUUGAUAUAUAACAUACAUAUAUUUCUUGUGUGUAAAUCCGCGCCAGCAUUUUCGAAGCAUUGACCUAACAUUUUUGGUAUCCACUGUGUGUUUACCAUAAAUCACUGCUUACUCCAGAUAUUCUUCCUGAAAUUUCAAUAAAUUCCUAUUUCCCUAUA